AUGGGGAAAGUUUCUACGCGAUUAGGGUUAUUGGGUUUGAUGCUUGUGUUGCUCAUUAUUGGAGUAGCAGAAUGUAGGAGACUUGAGAAGGAGACUUUAGGAGGUGGUGGUUUUGGAGGAGGUGGUGGUGGUGGAAAAGGCGGUGGUGGUGGUCUUGGAGGAGGAGCUGGUGGAGGCUUUGGUGGUGGUGCAGGUGGAGGCCACGGUGGUGGUGUUGGAGGAGGAUUCGGUGGUGGUGCUGGUGGAGGUAAAGGUGGUGGUGGUGGUGUUGGAGGAGGCCACGGUGGUGGUGUUGGAGGAGGCCACGGUGGUGGUGUUGGAGGAGGGUUCGGUGGUGGUGCUGGUGGAGGCAAAGGUGGUGGUGUUGGAGGAGGGUUCGGUGGUGGUGCUGGUGGAGGGAAAGGUGGUGGUUUAGGUGGAGGCCACGGUGGUGGUGUUGGAGGAGGAUUUGGUGGUGGUGCUGGUGGAGGCAAAGGUGGUGGUGUCGGAGGAGGCCAUGGUGGUGGUGCUGGAGGAGGAUUUGGUGGUGGUGUUGGAGGAGGCCAUGGUGGUGGUGCUGGAGGAGGAUUUGGUGGUGGUGCUGGAGGAGGACAUGGUGGUGGUGCUGGUGCUGGAGGAGGACAUGGUGGUGGUGCUGGUGGAGGGUUCGGUGGUGGUGGUGGUGCUGGUGGAGGACAUGGUGGUGGUGCUGGAGGAGGAUUUGGCGGUGGAGCUGGUGGAGGUCACGGUGGUGGUGCUGGAGGAGGAUUUGGCGGUGGAGCUGGUGGAGGUCACGGUGGUGGUUCUGGAGGAGGAUUUGGCGGUGGAGCUGGCGGAGGUCACGGUGGUGGUGCUGGAGGAGGAUUCGGCGGUGGUGCUGGUGGAGGCCACGGUGGAGGAGCUGGUGGAGGUUUUGGCGGUGGUGCAGGAGGAGGCCAUGCUGGCGGUGGUGGUGCUGGUGGAGGGUUUGGUGGUGGUGCCGGAGGAGGCGGUGGUGGUGGAUUUUGA